GACGCCACUCGCGUCUCAGCCACUUGUUCUUCGGUGAAGAGUUACUCUCAUUACUUAUAUAUUAUUAUUAAUAUUUAUUUUCGAGUGCAUGGUUAUGAAAAUGACUCGUUCAUUAUGUUUCCUACUUUGUUGGAUAUUUGUAUUUAGUGUUAACUGUUAUCGCCUUCCAACAAACGUAAUCCCCACUUACUAUAAGGUACAAAUUCUAUCCCAUCUUGGCGAGCCGAACAACUUUAACUUCGACGGACAAGUAUGGAUUCAGGUAUCUUGUCAAGAGCCAACGAACAGCAUUACCUUACACUCUCAAGAUCUCAACAUCACCAAUGACCAAGUCACAGUCAAAGACAUUUCUAGUGCGACUCCGAAGUCCCUUAACAUAGAAAAUGUAAAACUUGAACCGCAAAAUGACUUCUUAAUUAUUGGUUUAAAAGACGAGUUGUUGAAAGACCAUCGGUAUGAAAUUUUUAUUCCAUUUAAAGCAGAACUGGCCGAUGGGUUGAAAGGUUUCUACAAGAGUAGUUACACUGAUGAAAAAACCAAAGAGAAAAAGUGGCUUGGAGUCACUCAGUUUGAAGCCACUAGUGCUAGAAAGGCGUUCCCUUGUUUCGACGAACCAGCAAUGAAGGCAGUGUUUGAAAUAAUAGUAGGAAGGAAAGAUACGUUGUCUUCGAUCAGCAACAUGCCUUUGGUUAAUACAGAACCCAUAAAAGAGAAAGAGGGAUGGUCCUGGGACAAGUAUGCACCUUCUGUUCCCAUGUCUACGUAUUUAGUGGCUUAUAUUGUGUCAGAUUUUGGCUACAAAAUCUCAGAACCAUCGAAACUCAACAACGUCACCUUUAGAACUUGGGCUAAGAAAGAUUCUUUGGAACAGGUUGAAUAUGCCAGAGAAGUUGGGCCAAAAGUUCUAGAGUAUUAUGAAGAUUUCUUCGAUAUUAAGUACCCUCUUCCUAAACAGGAUAUGGUAGCUAUUCCCGAUUUUAGUGCUGGGGCUAUGGAAAACUGGGGCUUAAUAACAUACAGAGAAGCUCUUUUGUUAUUCGAUCCAAAAAUUUCGUCCCUGACGAAUCAGCACCACAUCGCAAGUGUGAUUGCGCACGAACUGGCUCACCAAUGGUUCGGUAACUUGGUCACCAUGAAAUGGUGGACAGAUUUAUGGUUGAACGAAGGCUUUGCUACUUAUAUGGCAAGUCGGGCUGUUGAACAUCUUUACCCCAGUUGGAAAUCAUUUGAAGAAGAAGCUGUUAACAAUAUUUUGAACGUAUUUGCCUUUGAUUCCCUUCGUACGUCGCAUCCAGUAUCCGUACCCAUUGGUCACCCUAACGAAAUCGACGAAAUCUUCGACACCAUCUCCUACAAGAAAGGUUCCUUUUUGAUCCGCAUGAUGUCCCUAUUCCUCGGUGACGACACCUUAAGACACGGCGUCAGUAACUUCCUAAAAAAACACAAGUACCAAAACGCUGAACAAGACGACCUUUGGGCAUCAUUGACCGACGAAGCGCACAAAAAUGAUGCCCUUCCGAAGAACCUAACCGUCAAAACCGUGAUGGACACGUGGACCGUCCAAACCGGAUACCCCGUUAUAACCGUAACCCGAAACUACAACAAAAGCACAGCAACCAUAACCCAGCAGCGUUUCCUAAAAGACGAAAUUCGCCAAAAAUCUGACACCGGUUGUUGGUGGGUUCCUCUGAGUUACACAAACGGGAAAGAACCCAACUUCGAGUCCGCCAAGCCGAAAUCUUGGUUGUCUUGCUCGGAAAGCGGCACCACGAUUGAAAGCUUGCCGGGAGACGAGACCUGGAUUUUGUUUAAUAUUCAGCUUGGAGGUUUGUACAAAAUUAAUUACGAUGAAAAGAAUUGGAAUUUGCUGUCACAGACGUUGAACAGUGAGAACCAUCAGCAGAUUCCAAUUUUAAACAAGGUUCAGUUGCUUGACGAUGCUUAUGAUUUGUCGUGGACCGGAAAUCUCAAGUACGAGAUUCUUUUCGACGUACUCAAGUAUCUUCAGUUCGAAGAUGAGUAUUUGCCGUGGAAAGCUGCUCUGUCGAAUGUGAAUUCGCUGAAUCGACAAGUGAAGAAGUCGGCUAUUUAUGGCAAUUUUAAAAUUUACAUGAGGAAAUUGGUUCGUUCCAUUUAUGAAAAAACGGGAGGGUUGAAUCUCGCAAGGGCUAAAACUGACAGGCUUGAUGCUGUUAAACACCAAGUGCUAAUUGCUAAUUGGGCGUGUCGUUUUGAUGUAUCCAACUGCAUUUCAGACGCUCAAGAUUUGUUUAAACAGUAUAUGAAAAAACCCAGUGAUAAGAACAUAAUCUCGAAGGAACUAAGGAGUGUAAUUUAUUGCACUGCGAUUAGACACGGCGGCGAAAAAGAGUGGGACUUCUUGUGGGGACAAUACAAGAAGUCGAAUGUCGCUUCUGAAAAGAAUACAAUCAUGAAUGCUCUAGGUUGUACAAGAGAAAUGUGGUUGUUGCGGCGGUAUCUCGAAUGGUCCAUUACUCCAAAUUCUGGAAUAAGGAAGCAAGAUAGUAGUAGUGUUUUCGGCGCGGUUGCUGGAAACGAUAUUGGUUUUUACGUUGCUAAGCAUUUCUUGAACACAAAAAUCAAAGAGAUUCACAGAUAUUUAGGAGAAAAUUCAAGAAGACUGUCGCGCUAUUUGUCUUCAAUUGCAUCUCAGACAACGAGUGAAGAAGAUUACAAAGAGCUGCAAAAUUUCGUAAAAGACAACAACAUGUACCUGAAAGAAGUGAAAAAGGGCGUCGAACAAAGCUUGGAGACGGCGAAAUUGAACGUCCAGUGGCAGCACCGCCACUUCAGCGUGGUCGAGAACUUGCUGCGAAAGCACGUCGAGGAGGACGAAGAACACAGCGACAAUUGAAAACAAAGAUUUAUUUUAACUAAUUAACUUUUAAAUACAAUUAUCCUACAAAAAAUAUAUUUCAUAAAUCAUGUACUUAAGAAAGCAGCAUUAAUAGUUUUGAUUAUUUAAUUGUUAAACGAGUGUAUUUAAAUUAAAAACAAACAAAUCAAAAACCCUA